AUGUCCACUUACGAUGAGGUUGAGAUUGAGGAUAUGACUUUCGACCCAGAUACACAGAUAUUUACGUAUCCUUGUCCCUGUGGUGACAGGUUCCAAAUUUCCAUUGAUGAUAUGUAUGACGGAGAAGACAUUGCAGUUUGUCCCAGUUGUUCGUUGAUGAUCCAGGUGGUUUUCGACAAGGAAGACUUGGUGGAAUAUUAUGUGGAAGCAAAUCUGGAACCACCGGGUAAAAUUGCUGUAGCUGUGUAA